AAAGCUAGUCUGGCUGUUCUGUCUAUGGUUAUUUCUGUUCACAACUGAAUGGACACUAAAGGCUGUAUGGUUUCAAAAAUGCAAAUAAGUGGCCUUUAAAAGGCAUGUUUUUAAGCGGAAGACUACAUCAGUCCACGAUCAGUGAGGUCCAUAAAGUUUCUGCCUCGCCCCGUCAGUUCAGCCGUCUCCUCCACAGCCAUGUCUCUGGUAAAGACUUUAUUUACCAUCUUUAAAAGGUCGUGGCAUCCACACAGCGCAUUUCAAAGUCAGCCUCGGAACAGUCACAGGACUCCUGAGUCGUGAUCUCCAAGGGUGAUCAAUUGCGUGUGUGUCAUCGUCUGUGACGUUACUGACCCGCCUCCAUCAUCUGCUGCCUCCACUAGAAGGACGCUCCAACUGUCGCUGCUCCUGCUGCAGCGCAUCCAGGAGUGAGGAGUAGCACGGUCGGCAUCAGGGUAACCGCAUCCCCCGCCACUGUUCCAGGAAUCACCGGUCCUUACUGGUAUGGACGCCGGAGGAGAGCAUUGACCAUCCAGGAACAAUGCCGACGGUGCUCGGUGGGAGAGGGCAACUUUCCAUGGUCUGUUUUGUGCUCCGAUGCGCAUACGCUCAGGUAACAAGAAGCCAACAUAAGAGUUGUGCCAAAGAUAUCCUGGAGGACAUGACUCAGAUCUGGCCAUCCCAACAGGCCUUAGGGGGGGACCAGUCCCAAAGAAUGCUCUACAACCCCAAGGAUGCUAAACAGGCAACUGCAACACAAAGACAAAGUCGGGGAGAUGUUCAGCUCAGAAUGACCCGUCACCCUCACGUGGCACCUCACAAAUCCAUGCUUGCCGAUGACCUGAAGCUGAGCAGUGACGACGAAGACAAUCAAAGGGCCACACACGAGUCGUCUGCCUGGGAGAGACACAGCCGGUCAGCACGGCGAGCACAAACACAUGGCAGACGGGUGAGACAUUCCAGCUCUGAUUCUUCAGACUCAGACUACAGUGGUGGUGGCAGCGGCGGUGGAAGCAGCAGCCUUCAUUCACGUAGCUCGAGUCCUGAAGUUCAUCCUGAUCCUGCAUCGCCUGCAUCGCAACCUCGCAACUACAAGGAGGUACCAGGAACCAGUCGUCCCUCUACUGCUCAUUGGCAGUUGGAUAAAUGGCUGCAGAAGUCUCAGAGAAAGUCAAGCAGUAGUGACAAAGCUCCUUCCACGAGUGCUGCAGGACGUCUGCCUUCUCCUCACCCCCCUUCUCCCCUAAGGUCCUGGGACAGCAAUCAGGAAUACAGUCCCAGCCAAAGCCCAAUUCCCAGCCCACGGUUGAGUUACAGCAACAACAAUACACCUCUUCCCAGUCCUGGUUAUAGCUACUGCCCGAGCCCAAGCCCUUUCCCUAGUACCUGUCCAAGUCCCAGUCCUAGUCCAAGGCACAGCUCGAUUCCCAGUCCGGUUCCAAGUGUAUGUCCCAGUCCUUGUGGAAGUCCACAAAGCAGCAGGAGUCUGAGUCCAAUAUCUAGAGAUCCUCCAAAAAGCCCAAGUCCAAGCUUACCUUCUCCUUCAAGGCAGCGUCACUACCCUGAGAGUCAGACGACCCACCGCAGCCCACAGCAAUCGAGUCAGGGAGUCAAUCUACACAGGACGAAAAUCAGGUCUCGGACUGCGCCUGUGGUGAACAGUGACUCAAGGAACAAGGUCACAGAUAGCAGCAGUGGUCAGCUGACUUCCCACCACAGGCCUAAGACUCAACCUGUACGUGAUAAGGAUCAAAACCCGACUAAAUCCAAGACCUCGGCUGUUUUAACCUCUGACCCGCAUCAUUGCCAAAAAAAUAGACCCAAGUCAGAUUUUAAUCCAAAACCAAAACAGAUCCCAGAUGCUCCAAAGGCCAAACACUCACUACAUUUUGAAAAUAUACAAAGUAACAAAUCUAACCAUAGCUCCAGCCAUAAGCCCAGACCUACGUUUAGACCCAGCUCACAAGUAAGCCCCUCUAGAACGAGGCAGCAGGGUGUUGCUAGUUGUGAAGCCAACACAAGUCACAGUUCAUACUCACAGUGUACCUCAAAAUCCAAGCAGUGGAAGGCUACGGCGCCGACCGCUGUCCAUGACAUUCAUGCAAAAACCUCAGAGAGGAGACCACACAGCAAGGAACGGGAGGUGGACUACAGAAGAGACCGUCAGAGUAAAGUAGACCGGAGUAAAGAGGAGAGCAAGGAGGACAGGCAUCGGGACAAACAGAGAAGAACACAGGACAGGAAGGAAGACAGGAGGCUGGCGGAGGAACAGUUAUUAAGACGUUCCUGGAUCCACACUUCAGAAGAAGAGGAAGAGGAGGAGGAGGAAGACGGUGUACUAGAGAGGCUAGGCAGGAGAAGAGAGGAGGUUUCCAAAGGUGAAAACAGACGGAAGGAGCAGCAAACUGAAUGGCAAUCAGUCCAAACCAAACAGAGAUUGUUUACAGGUGACAAACAACAACGAAAUAGGGACAACUCACACCUCGACAGGGCAACAAAAAAGGGAGGGACCAGUGAGAAGGCCAGAGAACCACAUCAAGACCCUUUGCCCGCUCAUCCUUCACACUCCCCAACCCCCCAUAAGCCAUCCUCCUCAUCCUCUUCUUCAUCCUCUAACUCAGAUUCAGAAUCUGAGUAUCAGGUUCCCGUCGGCAAAGUUCCACCAGAUUCCACCUCCCAAAAGUCACUCAGGAAGAGUGGUCCAAACAGACCCAACACCAAUAGGGCCGAGGAAGGACACUCCAGAGGGCCUAUCUCCGCGAGGUCCAGUGAUGGAAAGCAGAAGCUCUACACCUUGGUCCCUUUUGGGAGAAGUGAUCAGACGGCAGUUCCCUCUAAUCGAGGGCUGAGGAACCUGGUGGUUCAGAUAGACCUUUGUCUCCUCAAAAGGGUCCCAGACAACACUGCAAACCCCACAGUCAAAAACCCUUCAGCGACCUCCACCGUCUCUUCAUCGGCUAAGGACAAACAGAAAGAGGCCAUGAAACACCUGCAUAUACCUGAGAGCAAAAGGAAACGUAAGCUGGAGAACGGCGUGUCAAACAGGGACAGCAAGAAGAGUCAUCCUAACACGACUGACCUCUCAGGUCGAACGGUUGAGCCCUCAACUCAUGCAGGAGAGCGCAGCUUUGUGACGGAGACCACACACAAUGGGUAUUUGGAUGAGUACUUGGACAGCAAGAGGCCAAUGUCUCCACUGUCCCCACUGUCCCCACUGUCCCUCAGCCCAGACACCACCAAGCCUCCACCCAAAACAAAGAGCUCGGAGCAGCAUCACAACCACCCCCACAAGCCCAGAGUCAGAAAUAAUGAUCCUGUGAAGGCCCAGCCCAAAGCAGAGGUGGAAUGUGUAAAAGUGUCCAGACAGCCCCAUCCCCCAUCAGAAACCUGGGGCCCUGCAGGACACAUGGGGACUGCACCUAACCAUGAAACGCCACACCAUGCUGAGUACUAUUUACAUGAAGCAAAAAGGAUGAAGCACCGUGCAGAUGCGAUGGUGGAUAAGCUUGGGAAGGCGGUGAACUAUGUUGAUGCCGCUCUGUCCUUCAUGGAAUGUGGAAAAGCGAUGGAGGAAGGACCACUGGAGGCUAAAUCUCCAUAUACCAUGUAUUCAGAGACAGUGGAGCUCAUAAGGUACGCAAUGAGGCUAAAGAGCCACUCUGGCCCCGGGGCAAGGCAGGAGGACAAACAGCUAGCGGUUCUCUGUUUUCGAUGCCUUGCGCUGCUUUACUGGCAGAUGUUUCGACUUAAGAAAGACCACGCUCUGAAAUACUCCAAAGUGCUGAUGGACUACUUUAAGAGUUCUCCCAAAGUGUCUGCAAUGCCACCCGGUUGGAACGACUCAGGAAAGACCGCGCCACCUCUCUCGCCUAAUUCCAAACACCAUGGACACAGUUCACAUGGAGGCAGCAACUCCCCAUCCUUUAUAAGCAUUCCCCAACGUAUCCACCAGAUGGCAGCAAAUCACUUAAACAUCACCAACAGCGUCCUGUACAGCUAUGAGUAUUGGGAGGUGGCUGACAACCUUGCAAAGGAGAACAAAGAGUUCUUCAACUACUUGAAUACGUUAUCGGGGCCAUUGACUCUUCACAGCAGCAUUGCCCACAUAGUCCAGUACACCAGGCAGGCUCUUCAGUGGAUACGUAUCAGUGCCAAACUUAACUAAAGCUGCCCGUAGAAGCUGCUUUCAGGCCUGUCCUGAUCUCAAGUUGCACGGCCAGUUAGGUCUGUCACAUUGACGGCAGAUUGCUAAGAAUGUUGUGACAUGUGGUCAUGAUCAUGUGGCCUAGACAUUUCCAGGAGCCUUUAUGAAGAAGGGAAUUUUUUUUCUGUAAACUACCCACUGGAUCUUCAGGCUUCGUGAUCUGCAGAACAGACACAUUUGUGGAGCUCUGUGCAGUCAGCAGCGCAGUGUGAAAUGAAGACAGAAGGAACCCACAUGGAGCCUGGAGGUUUUCAUCCUUAUAGGAUGUUGGAAUGCUCUUCACCUGGGUCGUCACCUGGGUGUACAACGCCUUCUGAAGGAGUACGAUUUCUAUGAGCACCUUCUUCAUCACCCAUGGAUUAAUCAGAUGAUGUGUGUGCAGGGUGGACUCUCAGUCUCUAAUUUUUUCAUUUGCCAAAUUUACUUUAAAACAAAGCCAUUUUUUACUGUUUUACAAAAAAAGGUGCUGAAAAUAAAUGAAUAAAUAACCAAUUCCCUUUGGUAUUUACUUCUGCAUUUUUUGAUAAUAUUAAUUCAAAUGUCUUUUUAAAAUGCUGAUUUUUCACUUUUUAAUUUUUAGUGCAAUAUUUUACAGAUGAUCUAUUGUUGGUAAUUCUUAUUGCCAAUAUUAAAGAUUGCAAAUUGAUUUUGACCCCAUUAUUGAGUCUGUGGUGCCAUAUCUAAACAGAAGGCACCAACCAGCAAGUGUUUACUGAAAAAGACUGGACCACAUCUAUGACCUUUGUUCAGGCAUAAACAAAUUCGGAGAAAGAAACAGAAUAGAAUUGCUUUAAAAUGCUUACUUAUGACAGCACUGAAAAUAAUUUUAAAUUCAACCUGAAAGGUCAAAUGUAAGGUAUAGGCCUAGUUAUUCUUAAUUUUGUAAUAAUACACACAUACUUUUGGAGACACAAAAGCACAGAAAAAUCCAGGAUGUCUCCUGACAUGUGCAUACAAUACAUUUAGUUCUGAGAAGCAAUUUCAUUUUUUAAAUUUUAAUAAAAUUAAGCAGUGAUUACAAUUCAGGGGACAUAGAAAGGGUUUUUUUUUCAUUGGAUAAUUGAUCUAUUUCCUUCUGAAGGUAACAACAGGUUAAAGAACAUUACAUUAUCUGCUUGAUUCUAUACAACCCCAUCACCCCUUGGGACUACAUUGUGGCUCAGAGCUUCCUUUGGGUCACGACCCACCAUUUGAGAACCAUAUGUGGACAUCCAUGACAAUUGUAUGUUUCAAUACUUGUCACUUCACCAUCACCAUCACUUGUCUUACAGUAUUUAGUAUUCUUGUCUACACACUCACUCACACGCACACACACACACAAACACACAAGCCGUGGGAGACUGUCUGCACAGUACAGUUGUGCCGAGUUCCCACCCUCUCUCACACUGUUCAUCACUGCAUUCAUACAUCCUGCUGCACUAGCACGGAAGUUGCACGUGAAACUUCAGCAUCGGCUGUCUGGUGCCAUAGCAACAGAGAACAGCCAAUGGGAGACCGCUUCAGGACAACAAGCCUUGAGUCAAUACCAUACUGUAUUCUGUGGUUUUAUGAAACUGGCUUUUCCCACAGCCUAAUGUAACAGUUUUCAGUUUUCAUUCACGUGAAUUGUUUUACAGUCGAUCUUGUGGUUAUUUUGAAGAACAAUCGGUAUGUGUUGUAUAAUUAAAAACAUCAAUAAGGCGGUAAAUUAAAAUGAUAAAAUUAUCUAAGGAGACACAAGAAAUCAGAAAAAUAAAUGUGACAAUGGAAACUGUGG